AUGACCAGUACAGCUGUCUCCAAGCCUGGUGCGAAAGGGGCAGCUCGCACGGUUUCUCUCCAUUGGUUCCGGAAAGGCUUGCGUUUACACGAUAAUCCUGCCCUGUUGGAGGCAUGUGAAGGAGCCACGCAUGUGUACCCCGUGUUCAUCCUCGAUCCACACUUCGCCAAGCCCGACGUCAUUGGCGUCCUGCGGUACCGAUUCAUGCUGCAAACGAUCAAGAACCUGGAUGACAAUUUGCGUGAAAUCGGUUCUCGGUUGUUCGUGGUCAAGGGUCAACCGGCGGAGGCCCUGCCCCGGCUUUUUAGGGAGUGGGGAGUGAGCAAACUCACGUUCGAAAGCGACACCGAGCCCUACGCCAAGGUCCGCGACCGACACGUGUGCGAGCUUGCCGCGAAGCACCAGGUGCAUGUCCAGACUUUCCCCUCGCACACCCUUCACGACCCCGAGGCUUACGUGGCGCGCCUGCAGGGGAAGGAUGUGCCCACAGUCUACCAGUCCUUCGUGAAGCUCUUCGCCUCCAUGGGCCCCGUGGCCCCCGUGGCUUCGACUGUUGACGCCAAGCGGCUCCCACCCCCGGCGCCGGAGUAUUUGUCGGGUCAAGACGGAAAGAAGGCUGGCCAAGGGAACGGGCAUGCUGGAGGCGAGGAGAUAGAGGAAGACCGGACACGAGGCGACGAUUUCUCCGUCCCUGAUCUCUCGGGAAUAGGCUACCCGGAGACGGAUGCCCCUACCCUGUAUCCCGGGGGGGAGACGGCGGCCCUGGCCCGGAUGCAGGAGCAUCUGGCCAAUGUCAAGUACAUCGUCACGUUCGAGAAACCCAAGACCUCUCCCAACGCCCUCCGGCCCUCCACGACCGUCCUCUCUCCUUACUUGAAGCACGGGGCCCUGUCCUCCCGCCUCUUUUACCACUCCCUGCGCUCCAUCCUUGCGCAGCACAAGGGCCCCCACACCCAGCCCCCAGUCUCCCUGGUAGGGCAGCUGCUCUGGCGCGAGUUCUUCUACCUGCAGGGGCACGCCACGCCAAAUUUCGACAAGAUGGUGGGGAACCCGAUCUGCCGACAGAUCCCAUGGGGGAAGAACGCGGAGCUUCUGGGCGCCUGGGAAGAGGCGCGGACCGGAUACCCUUUCAUUGACGCGUGCAUGACGCAGCUCCGGGAGGAAGGCUGGAUCCACCAUCUGGCCCGGCACGCCCUGGCGUGUUUUUUGACUCGGGGGGACCUGUGGCAGAGCUGGGAGGAAGGGGCGAGGGUGUUUGAGAAGUACUUAUUGGACGCCGACUGGAGCGUGAAUACAGGGAACUGGCUCUGGCUCUCGGCGUCGGCCUUUUUUCACCAGUACUUCCGGGUCUAUUCCCCCGUGGCUUUCGGGGCCAAGACGGACAAGGAGGGCGAGUACAUCCGCAAGUAUCUGCCGGUGCUGCGGAAAAUGCCAAUCAAGUACAUUUAUGAACCUUGGAAAGCCCCCAAAGGUGUCCAAGAAACAGCGGGCUGUGUGGUGGGCCGAGACUACCCUCACCCGGUGGUCGACCAUGCCACUGUCAGCAAGCAGCUGAUGGGCAAGAUGAAGGCGGCUUACGACGCAAACAAGGAGGGGGGGGGCAAAGGGGGGGAGAAGUCUGGCGAGAAGAAGAGGCCGGCGGGGGAGGACGGAAAGGGGGGUAAGACUAAGAAGCGGGCCUAA